AUGAUCAAGGACCGAGCGGGAGCCGACGCCGAUUUCGCCGAGGCCGGGUUGCGCGUGGCCGCCAAACUGAGCGGUGCCGACGAGGCAAACCCAGACGUCGUUCCCAGCAAAUACGGCCCGGACCACGAGGUGGUCGAAUCAACACGAUUGCUGAACCACGUGCAUGUGAGCGCCCGGGGCAGUCGGCUGUCACUGGGCUCCUGCUCGGCGCAGAGCGAAGGCAAACGCUGCAUACACCAGGGGGACAGCGUCACGUACGCGGAGCUCAGCCUGCCGCGGCCGGGCAAGACCUCGAGGUCGGUCAGAGGGCACCACGGCAGGACGCCGGGCCGGGCGCGGGACACAGUGGUGCGGACUGGCGAGCCUUCGGACCAGCGCGAGAGUGUGGUGUGA